UUCAGCAUCUCGAUGGACGCGACUUUCACAGCAUACGUGCAGGCAGUCAGUCAUGAGUAUUCCCUAGUAAAGAAAGAAGUUUCCCGAUCCAUUCAAAACAAGAACGCUCUACUGCUCAGAGCCGGUUGAGGUAAAGAUGCUCCUGAGCAGCUUUUGUCUGGCCCUUCUCAUCCCGGCCGUGGUGGAGGCUCAGUAUGAGAAGUACAGCUUUAAAAGUUUCCCCCAGAAAGACAUGAUGCCGCUGGACUCUUCGUACAGCUACGCGCUGGAGCAGUACGGAACGCAGAACUGGGCAGAGAGCAUCAAGUUCCUGGAGCUCAGCCUGCGCCUCCACCGGCUGCUGCGGGACAGCGAGGUUUUCUGUAGCCGCAACUGCAGCUCCGUCAGCCGGGACAACAGCACUCUGUUCGCCGACGGCAGCCUCCGCGUCGUGCGCCACAUCCUGCUGAGAGCUGCGUGCCUUAAAAAGUGCAAGGCGGAUUUUCCAGUGUUUAAACUCUCGUAUCCAAGUAGGGAUUUACUGGAAACAUUCGAGAAGAGGGUACCCUAUCGGUACAUACAGUAUGCGCACUACCAGCUUAACAACAAGGAGAAGGCUGUGGCAGCGGCUCACACCUUCCUGAAGAAGAACCCAACGGACUCCUAUUUAACUAAGAACAUGAAGUACUACAAGACUCUUAUUGAUGUGGAAGAAUAUCUAAUCGACCACGAGGAGCAGCCGUAUGAAAGUGUUUUCCUGAAGAGUGUGACGUUUUACAACAGCGGAGACUUCAGCAACAGUGCCCGAAACAUGGAGCAGGCCAUCACACAAUACUUUGAAAUAUACAGUCUCUGCUUGGCAGGCUGUGAGGGCUCUUAUGAGAUCGUAGAGUACAAAGACUUCUAUCCCACCCUGGCAGAUCUCUACACAGAUGUGUUGAAAUGUAAGGUCAAAUGUGAGGAGAACCUGACGCCCAACGUUGGAGGCUUCUUCGUGGAGAAGUUCGUAGCCACCAUGUAUCACUACCUCCAGUUUUCCUAUUAUAAAUUGAAUGACGUAAAGAACGCUGCUCCGUGUGCAGCCAGUUACAUCCUGUUUGACCGUAAAGACCAGGUGAUGCAGCAAAACAUAGCGUACUACCGCUUCUACCGGGAGCAGUGGGGACUUGAGGAAAUGGACUUUCAGCCUCGGCCCGAGGCUCUGAGGUACUUUAACGAGACAACCAAGCAGAAAGAGAUGCUGGAGUUUGCACUGAACUACCUACAAACUGAAGAUGAGGGCGAGGUAAGUCCAGAAGAAACGGCCUCCUCUCACACAGAGCAUCCUGACACUGAGUUUGAGGGUAUGGGAGACUACGAGGAGUCCUUCCUGGCUGAAUGGUGGCAAGAACCUAAAACUAAGUGGGACGCUGGACAGGUCGUAGACUGACAUCUGUCCUCAUCUCCUGGGCAGAGAGCUUUGUCGUCCGGCUCUGUUCCCCGUUUCCUGACAACAUACCAAAGAGUGUUGACCUCCCUACAGACAGACAUCGACAUUUAGCAGAAAAAUAACAAACCAUCAGUGUACGUUCCACCAGCAAAAGGAUAAAACGACAAACUUAUCCGUCGUGUUGAUCGAGAUCAGAGAUCGACAUACUCUGUUUUGGCUGUCAUUAGCCUUUUAAAACCUUCAUCUGUAUUCUUAGUCAUUGUAUGCCAAUACUUGUCAUUGAUUUUUCUACAGUUUUUAUUUAAUGACAGCUGAAUGCCUCGGUGCCGUGUUAUGAGGAAGGUGACAUGUAGCUUUUCUUAUGCUGAACGAUUUGUCAACGACCAAUUGGGUAGUUGAUGUAAUAAUUUCAUAAUUAAAGUAAUAUUUUAAUAUACUUUUUGUUGUUGUUGUGACUUAAUAUCAAUACGAUCAUCCAAGAAAAUGCACGAGGCACAACAUAAUAUUUGAUAGCAGUAAUGUUCAUUUGAUUAGGUUUUGGUGAGUAAUUUGUAAAGAAAAAGAAGAUGCUGGUUCCAGCCUCACAAAUUAAAGGAUUUGUUCAUUUUUUUCCCUGUUUUAUAUCGUAAUUUGAAUUCCAGUUUUUAGUCUGAUUAAAAGGACCACUGAAGGACAAAACAAAUGAUUUAAAGAUGCCAAUCUGGAAACAGGUAGAGGUUUAACCACCACUAACAAAAAUAAAAAAAACAUUAGCAACAUUAA